GUGGACAAAUUGGACGCGAUUGUUGGCGAAAGCAAGGUGUCGAGUGUCACGACGGACAAUGCGCCUAAUAUGGAAAAGGCGUGGGGAAUUCUUGAAAGCACGCGGGGGUUGCUGUGCAAUGGCUGUGCUGCGCAUGUUCUCAAUUUGCUUUUGCAAGAUGUGGCAAAAAUGGACGAGAUCAAGCGGGUAGCGGCUGGCGCUGAGGCGAUCACAGCGUACUUCAUGGGACGCCAGCAGCUACUUGCCUGGCGACGAAGUACGCGCUCCAAGAAGAAGACGAAGAAGGCCCAAGAGGCCGAGGCCCAACGAAAGAAGAAGCAGGAAUUGAAAGCGGCCGUCUUCCAAAACGUUGACAAUCUGGUGCGAGAUGAAGACUUCUGGAUGAAGGGUGAACAAGUAAUUCAGCUGCUGGAGCCGAUCAUCAAGAAGCUUCAGCUACUGGAAUCCGACCACUGCUACAUUUCAAUGGCGUACUGGGCGUUUCGUGACCUCCUCAAGCAGCCUAUCUACUGCGAUCCAACGUUUUUGGUCAGUACGGCAAAAGCUAUACUUGUGCAAAUCGAAGCGAGAUGGAACAAAGUGCACACAGAUGCCAUGUGCAUUGCAUUCUUCUUGGACCCGGCUCAGGACCCCAAUGGUUUCGUUGGCAAAGAUCGAAAGAAUAGCAAGAAGCAGAUCCGCAAGAUGGCGAAGAGACUGGGUUACACACCGGAGGAAGUUGAUCAAGCAUAUCACGAAGCCGGCGUAUUCUGGAAUUUGAUGCGGGAUUGGACGCCCAAGCAGCGCCGUAUUGAGUCCCGUUCUGCACCUCUAGAGUGGUGGGGCGACGAGCGCGACUCAUAUCCAGUCCUGUCUCGGAUAGCGCGCCGGGUGUUCACGAUGCCGACAUCGUCAGCGGCUUCGGAAAGGAACUGGAGUGCUCACAAGUUCGUCUACUCAGAUCGACGAGUUAACCUUGGCCUGGACAAAAUCAACAUGCUGAUUUCCAUGUACUGGGAUCGACUGGAGAAGCCGCUUCCAAGAGUUAUCUUCAACCCCGCAAUUCUACAGACGGCAGUAACCAGUGAAGGUGACGACGACGAAGAGGAGAACAGGAUUCACUACGAAGCUCACGACUCAGAUGGGGAGGAGAAUUACGAGCAUGAAGUCUUAGCUUAA